AUGACUUCUCCACCAAUUAACAAUGGUGUCGCUGAUCCCACCCUUCAAACCCCCACUGUGCAAGGCUCUCUUCUUCAUGUUAACAUGACCAAUGUUACCAAGUUGAAUGCCACAAACUACAUCAUGUGGAGUCGCCAAGUUCACGCUCUCUUUGACGGGUACGAAUUGGCUCACUUUCUCGAUGGUUCCAAACCAUCGCCAGAUCCAACCAUUACUAUUAACGGAUCUGCCACUAACAAUCCAGCUCACGCUCUCUACAAGCGACAGGACAAGCUCCUCUAUAGCGCCAUUCUCGGUGCUAUCUCCCUCUCCAUCCAGCCCAUUCUCUCAAAAGCAACGACCACAACUGAAAUCUGGGACACACUCGCUUCCACAUACGCGAAACCCAGUCGUGGUCACAUUAAGCAGUUGAAACAUCAACUCAAACAAUGGAGAAAAGGAACCAAAACAGUGGAUGAGUACCUUCAAGGGCUUAUCACACGUUUUGAUCAACUCGCGCUUCUCGGCAAAGUCAUUGAUCUUGAAGAUCAAAUUGAGUUUGUUCUCGAAGGUCUGCCGGAGGAUUACAAAUCCGUCAUUGAUCAGGUUGAAGGACGUGAUGCACCUCCAACGCUAACAGAGUUGCAUGAAAAACUCAUCAACCAUGAAGCCAAGCUCAUCACCUCUGAACCAGCUCAAUCGCUUCCUGUUUCUGCCAAUGUUGUCACCAACCGCUUCAAGCCACACCACAAGAACAACAAUCGCAAUCAGCCUUGGCAGCAACAAACGAACACCAACAACACCACAUGGCAGCCACGUCCUUACCUUGGAAAGUGUCAAAUUUGCGGUGUUCAAGGACACAGCGCUCGUCGUUGCCCACAACUUUCCCGACAGAACACUGGUGUUCUCCCAUCUCCUCAGCCGUGGCAGCCAAGAGCAAAUUACUUAGCCAGUGGUUCUCAAGUGACCCCACCGUGGCUUCUAGACUCCGGUGCUACACAUCAUGUUACUUCUGAUCUCGCAAACCUUGCGUUGCACCAGCCUUACACCGGAGGUGAAGAAGUCAUUAUCGGCGAUGGAAAUGGUUUGGCCAUUACAAACACUGGUUCCACAUUCUUAUCUUCCUCUCAACGUCCAUUAUCUUUGAAUAAUGUGCUUUGUGUCCCUGCAAUCAAAAAGAACCUCAUCUCAGUUUAUAAACUAUGCAAUGCAAACCAAGUAACGGUUCAGUUCUAUCCUUCUUAUUUUCAGGUGAGGGAUCUCAGCACGGGGGCCCAAUUACUCCAAGGACGCACCAAGGAUGAGCUCUAUGAGUGGCCAAGUACCUUAUUCUCAGAUAACGGAGGUGAAUUUCUUGCCCUCCGUGAUUUUCUUGCAUCUAAAGGUAUCACUCAUCUCACUUCUCCUCCUCAUACCCCGGAACACAAUGGGUUAGCUGAACGUCGACAUCGUCAUAUUGUCGAAACUGGCUUAACUCUUCUCACCAAAGCUUCUAUUCCAAACACAUAUUGGACUUAUGCUUUCGCUGCUGCUGUCUAUCUCAUAAACAGAAUGCCCACUCCAACCCUUUCUCUCAACUCUCCUCUUCAAACGCUCUUCAAAAUUGAACCAAACUACAAUAAACUUCGUAUCUUUGGAUGUCUUUGCUUCCCUUGGCUUCGUCCCUAUACCACCAACAAACUUCAAAAUCGCUCCAAGCCUUGUGUUUUUCUAGGCUACUCCUUAACACAAAGCGCUUAUCUCUGUCUAGAUCCCACCCAAAAUCGUUUGUACAUCUCACGCCAUGUGCGUUUCGAUGAAACACAAUAUCCAUUUCUCUCUCUUUCUCGCUCCAUUUCCACCACUCCCUCUGAAACUUCUCUUCCGUGGACUCCCACAGUCACCUCUAUUUCAAACUUACCACUCAUCGAUGCUCAGCCUCCGGUCCCGCCAGCGUCAUCAGCCGUGGCUCCCAGCUCAGAUUCUUCACCCAACGACAAUGCAAAUCAUCAAAGUCCUCAGGCGGAUGAUAGCUCCGCCUCUGCCCAGUCGGGAUUCGCGUCACCACCGGCUCAACCACAUUCCUCCGACGACGAAUCGUCGUCCUCUUCACCACCGUCACCGCCGGAAAAUCCAAUCCCGGAGGAUGAUUCCUCAAUUUCACCGUCGACAUCGGCUUCUUCUACCUCUCGUGAACAUAACCCAAAUCCUUCUCUAAACACAGACCAAACCCAGCCAAGCCCAACCUCAAAUCAGGCCCAACAAGAAAACAUAGCUCAGCCAAAUCACUCAAAUCAAACCGACGAUUCAAACCAGCAAAAUCAACCAAACCAAACCGAAAAUACCCACCAAAUGAUAACCCGAUCCAAAAAUAAUAUCUCAAAACCCAAACACAAAUUCAGCCUUCUUCUCUCUACCGACAAAGAAAAAGAACCCAGAACCCUUAAGCAAGCUCUUAAAUCCAAAUACUGGAGAAAGUCGAUGUCCUCAGAGUAUGAUGCUCAAAUCGCUCAUCGUUCAUGGGAUUUGGUCCCUCCUUCACCAACUCAGAACGUAAUCGACACAAAAUGGAUUUACCGUAUCAAGUAUUUCUCUGAUGGCUUACUUGAUAAAUACAAGUCCCGCCUGGUUGCUCGUGGCUUCAAUCAACAAGAAGGAGUCGACUUUGAGGAGACAUACAGCCCUGUCAUCAAAUCCACCUCAACACGAAUGGUUCUCAAGAUUGCGGUUUGCAAAAAUUGGCGUCUAAGACAAUUAGAUGUCAAUAACGCCUUUCUACAGGGGACACUUGAUGAGGAAGUAUAUGUUAAACAACCACCUGGAUUUGUGGAUCCUGACAGGCCAGAUUACGUGUGCAAAUUACGAAAAGCCUUGUAUGGCUUAAAGCAAGCUCCCCGAGCCUGGUAUUUGGAGCUUAAGAGGUAUCUUGUUGAUGUUGGUUUCAAGAACUCUCUUGCAGAUACAUGUCUUUUUAUCUUGCAGCAUCACAAAGUUUUUGUCUACGUUCUUGUCUACGUUGACGAUAUCAUCGUUACCGGAAACAACAACGAUGCGGUGGAGAAAGUCAUCACAGACCUAUCCACCCGUUUUUCUGUCAAAGACCAAGGUGAACUCUCGUAUUUCCUUGGAAUUGAAGCACUAAGAACCCCACAAGGACUACAUCUCAACCAAAGAAAGUAUAUUCAUGAUCUUCUUGCCAAAAUGAAUAUGCACGAUGCAAAACCGGUUGCUUCUCCAAUGGCUACAUCUCCAAAGCUCACGAAAUCAGGGAUCCUUCACUCUAAUCCAACAGAGUACCGCACCUUGAUCGGAAGUCUCCAAUACUUAGCUUUCACACGCCCCGACAUUGCAUACGCUGUCAACAAAUUGUCACAGUAUAUGCAGUCUCCAACUACAGAUCAUUGGCAAGCGGCAAAACGAGUCUUACGAUACUUGGCAGGAACAUCAACUCACGGUCUCUUCAUCAGCAAGUCUGAUAAUCUCACUGUUCAUGCCUUCACGGAUGCCGAUUGGGCUGGUGAUUCAGACGACUACGUUUCCACCAAUGGGUACAUCGUCUAUCUCGGAGACCAGCCUGUCUCGUGGUCCUCAAAGAAGCAAAAGGGGGUUGCAAGAUCUUCAACCGAAGCAGAAUACCGAGCAGUAGCCAAUACAGCUUCAGAAAUCAGAUGGGUAUGUUCUUUACUCUCAGAACUUGGUUUCGGCAGCACUACCCCUCCGGUCAUAUAUUGUGAUAACAUAGGAGCAACUUAUCUGUGUGCUAAUCCAGUGUUUCAUUCUCGAAUGAAACAUAUUGCUUUGGAUUAUCAUUUUAUUCGAGAACAAGUUCAGGGAGGCACGUUACGGGUCGCACAUGUUUCCACGCAUGAUCAGUUAGCAGAUGGUCUAACCAAACCUCUAACGACUUCACAGUUCACUCUUCUACGACGCAAGAUUGGAGUUUCGCAAGCCCCUCCAUCUUGA